AUGCCCGUGAACCGUGUUGCUGAAAAUGUACUGGGUACAAUCGGAACCGUUUGUUGGUGCGGCCAGCUGCUGCCACAAAUAUGGAAAUCAUACCGUACAAAGUCCACAGAGGGCCUCUCACACUGGCUACCGCUUGUAUGGGCACUUUCGGCCGUCCCAUUAGGAGUAUAUGUCAUCGUGCAAGACCUGAACAUACCUUUAAUACUGCAGCCUCAGUUGUUCACGACCUUUGCAUUGAUCUCGUGGGUACAGUGUCUUUACUACGAUAAUGGUCGAUCUUUUCGGUUCUGUGUGGCCGUUCUCCUCGGCAUUAUGGUCACAGAAGCCGCCCUCGAGACAGGCUUCGUCUACGCCUUACGGCCUGCUUACCGCGAGGGCAAAGAAUCCGCAAAACGAGGGGUACAAUUCUUCGGAAUCCUGAGCUCAGUCAUGAUCUCACUCGCUUUAUUCCCACAAUACUACGAGAUUUACAAACAUAAAGCCGUCGUCGGUAUAUCCGUUACGUUCAUGAUCGUCGACCUACUCGGGGGUGUAUUUUCCGAUCUGUCCCUCGCAUUCAAGGAAGACUUUGAUGUCAUCGCUAGCAUAACUUAUUCACUUGUCGUAUUUUUCGACGCCAUAGUCAUCAUUGCCGCCUUCAUUCUGAACCCACGCGCACGUCGUCGCGAACGUGAGCGUCAAAGAGCACUCGCUGCCUCUAACGGGGUCCCCGAGUCGUCACCCGCCACUGGUACCGACACAUCCAAUGCACCAAAUUCUUAUACAAACACUAUCGAGACCAGUGCGGCGAAUACCGUCGCAGCUGCCGAUGAGAGCCGUCCUGCUGUGGGUGAGACCGAGGAAAAGGAUAGGGAGAGAGGGCUUCAACAGCAAUUUCUUGUCCAGCACCCUUAUGCAUAG